CAGGUGACAGAUAUAUACUUGUCAUCACUUGUCAUCGCGUUUGAAUUCGAAGAAAGGGUUAUUUUUAUUGGCUCGUAAUUCGCUGACGCAAUGUAAAAAAGAAACGCUUACUCGACACAACUCAACAUUGUUUUGCGAUAGAUAAUUGUAAUAAUUGCGAUGUGUAAACUGCGAUCUCGAAACUUGACGAUCGAAUUCGCGACGUAUUCUAUUUUUAGUUGUGGUUUGCGUGUGCGCACGAUUUUCUACCGUCACCUCAUCAACGGACUUAAACUGUAAUAAGCAAUAGGAGUAAGAAAAUAACCUGUGUCUAUGACAGUGGGAUUUAUUUUUGAAUUAUUUCUGAAUAAAUCGUUGAUAAUUUUAGGCAGCAGAUUAAUUUAGACGCAAUGCAGUUGAAAAUGGAUUGCAAGCUUCUAUUGUUGAUAUUUUUGGUGUCGUUUAAUUGUAAACUUGGCAGUGCAUCUAUAAUGGAUUGGAUAUGGCAAACAAAAACAGAUGACACAACUGUUUCAGUUAACAAUGGCGUACCUUUGAUCUCAAUCCCUUAUGAGUCGAUGACGGAGGAUGAAAAAUUUCUCCAACAGGCUGCCAAGUUAACAGAUAUUAAAGUUUCUUCUCCUUUAGAGAUCUGUCAACACAAAGUUAUUGUGAAAAUUAGAACCUCAUGUUCUGAUAUGACAGAGGAAGAGCUCGCAAAGCUGAGUGUAAAUCUCCUAAAUUGCCAAUCAGCGGUUGAAGGCAGAAAAAUCUUUCCCUGCACUGAGGAAAUGUCCCUUCAACAGUGUACAACAAAUAUGGAUGCCGACAUGUGGAAUGCAUAUCAUUUAAUGAGUAAUAGAGCGAGAGCGGUUUGUUACGCAGCUCGAAAUACACAAUUUCGUGCUCUUACAGAGUUAACUGUCAAUAAGCUGAUGCAAUCUGCGCGUUCUCAAAUUGAGGGAUUAAAAUCUUUGAAGCAAAGUCAAGAUCAUCUGCAAGAACAGACAACAGAAGCUCUGUCGUCAUUAUCCAAGGGAAACAAAGCACUCUUGGAACAACAACAAUAUUUGAAGGACGCUCAAGUGACAUCCCACAAUCUUGUAACAUCGAAUCUGAGGGAGUUGAAUAACGAAAAGGCAUUAAUACGAACUGGGCACAAUCUGCUCGCAAGCAUGGCGGAGGAUAUAAGAGAUAAAUUAGAAAAGGCGCAUAAAGAGCUCGAGCAACAAGUUAUUGAACGUGGUGCAAAUCAUCAGGAAGUGUUGCAAGAUUUGAUCAGUAUAAAAGAACAAAUGCGAUCAAUUUGGGAAAAAAUCGAAAGUAGCACUGAUCGUAUAUUAGAGCAACAUGAAAAAACCAUCGACCAUUAUGAGCAGACGAUGCAGAAACUCGCACAAAUUAAUGAUACUAUUCGAUAUAUUUGGAAUCUCACUAAUAUUAUGCGCACAGAAAUAGACCAAAAAUUGGGAUGGAUUACUGACUACAUCGACGAUACCGGUGAACAAGUGCAAAAAAUAUAUCGCAUAGUUUCACAUGUCGUGUAUAUAUUAGUGGCUAUGAUAAUCGCUGCAUUUUUACAAGCACCAUUUUUAACUAGAGCUAGCAUUUUGGGUAUAGUGCCAGCAAAUCUUGUUACUUACUUGAAACAUGGCAUGGAAGCCUCUCUAGAUUUUACAUCUAUGACAGUGCUGAUAUUUUUAAUCACUGCAAUGCAUUUUGUAAUGCUGGAAAUACAACAUAUGUUUGGGCCAAGCAGUUCAGAAAAGAAGACAGAACCAGCUAAACUGGUCUCCCAGAAUGGACAUAUGAAUGGAAAUGCAUAUAAACACACAACAUAUUUUAGUUCUAUGGCAAAGAUGCGACUGCACACAAAAUUAAUGAAAAUAAUGCAGAGAUUCUAUAACUUUGUCGUUUUGCAAACAAACUACUGCAAAGAGAAAAUUAAUGACUUGAUACAUUUCAUCGCUUCUUGGAAUAAUCGACGCAAUUUAAGUGUGCACGAGACACUCUCCUGUUCAUAUCGACCAUUGAAGAAGAAUCGUGAGGAUGUAUACAACUACAAACGGGAGUUUUUGGAUAUAUCGGACGAUGAGACGCAAUGCGAUUCUUCCAAUAUGAUGCACUCGUCGCGUGAAGAAUAUUACAAUGAUAUUAAUGAUAUAUCGGACGCAACCGAAUUGAAACGUCGUAUUUAUAACACGAACGUUUCGCGGUCUCGAAGUGUCACCCCAUUGGGUUUGCCGAAAUUGCUUUGUAUGGCGAUAACAAGAACCGGCAGAAGAUGUCGGGUGUUUACUUCACCCGGACAAUGUUUCUGCCAUCAUCAUUCUACUGGCACAUCUAUUGUGGAUGGUCAUCUUAAUUGAAUAUUGCAAAUAAUUAAAUUCCGAUUAUAAUAAGAGUUAAAAUAAUCACCUGAGUUUAUGUUAGAUAAAAUGUAACAAUCUCUAUUCUCUCUCUUAAUAACAAUCAAUAUAACUGAU